AUGAUCACCUUGCUCCUACUGUGUGUGUGUCUUCCCUUCAUCACCUCAACUAUAUCAUUUGAAGACCCCGGCGAUCUCGACAGUAACCUGAGUGUCAGCAUUCCCGUGGAGGUGCCGCUGCGCCCUCUGAUGGGCACCAAGGUGGUUGUGCCCUGCUACUUCCAGGACAACAUGGUCAACGACCCCGGCGCACCCACUGUCACCCCCCUGUCCCACCGCAUCAAGUGGACCUACGUCACCAAGGGCAAGGCCACCCUCAUACUGCUGGCGUCAGAGGGCAAAGUUCACGUGGAGACGGAGUACCUAGACCGGGUCACCAUGGUCAACUACCCACUGGUGCCCACCGACGUCACCAUGGAGAUCACAGAACUGCAUGCCAAGGACUCCGGCACUUAUCGCUGUGAGGUCAUGCACGGCAUCGAGAAUAACUAUGACUGGGUGGACAUCCAGGUUCAAGGUAUUGUGUUCCACUACCGAGCCAUCUCGACGCGCUACACUCUGAACUUUGAGAGGGCCAAGGCUGCCUGUAUCCAGAACAGUGCCACCAUCGCCACCCCGGCACAACUACAGGCUGCCUUUGACGAUGGCUUCCACCAAUGUGACGCCGGGUGGCUCUCUGACCAAACAGUCAGGUACCCCAUCCAUGAGCCUCGUGAGGGUUGCUUUGGAGACAAGGAUGAGUUCCCGGGAGUGCGAACCUAUGGCUUGAGAGAGGUCAACGAGACCUAUGACGUGUACUGCUUUGCACAGGAGAUGUCAGGCAGAGUGUUCUACUCCAUGUCCGUGGAGAAGUUCACCUUCUACCAGGCAAUGGACCAGUGUGCCAAACUAGGGGCCAAGCUGGCCACCACAGGGCAGCUGUACCUGGCCUGGAAGUCUGGCAUGGACGUGUGUAACGCGGGCUGGCUGGCAGACGGAAGCGUCCGCUACCCCAUCAACAUUGUCAGGCCCCAGUGUGGUGGAGGACUACUGGGAGUGAGGACCGUGUACCUGUUCCCUAACCAGACAGGCUACCCCUACCCGGACUCCCACUAUGAUGCUAUCUGCUACCAAGAGGACGAGGGUGCAGUCAAGACCACCCCGUUCCCAGAGGUGGCCACCAUCACAGCCAGUCCUAUGGUCUAUCCAGGGCUAACCACCGCCCCUGAAACUGAGGCAAGGGGGGAGGUGCUGACCCAAGCCCCCCUGGACACCAUCACCAUGGCACCGACCUUACCCGUCCCACCCAGUGUGACUGACACGGUUACGAAGGUUACCCCGGUCGUUGGGGAAGAGAUCAUUAGCAGGGUGACAGCUAAUCCUGAUGUGGGCUUCGAGUUCCCUCAUGACAAUGACACUGCCAUGGCUCCUACAGGUGUGGUGUUUCACUACCGUGCUGACUCCAGUCGCUAUGCCAUGUCCUUCGUGGAAGCCCAGAUGGCUUGUCAGAGUGUGGGUGCGGUCAUCGCCAGCUCCCAGCAGCUACAGGCAGCCUACGAGGCAGGGCUCCACCACUGUGAUGCAGGCUGGCUCAGGGACCAGACUGUCAGGUACCCCAUCCUGUCUCCCAGAGAUAAGUGUUCAGGCAACCUGGAGAAUGUCCCAGUGAGGUCCUAUGGCCUGAGACCUGCUACUGAGCAAUAUGACGUCUACUGCUAUGUGGACCGCCUCAAGGGGGAGCUGUUCUAUUCCAGUGACUAUGACAGCUUCUCCUAUGAGGAGGCCGUAGCCCACUGCCAGAAGCUCAACACCACGCUAGCCACCACAGGGCAGCUCUAUGCCGCCUGGAGACAGGGCUUCGACAAGUGCCGUCCAGGCUGGCUGCAGGAUCGCAGCGUCCGCUACCCCAUCCAUGUCCCAAGGCCCCACUGUGGAGGCGGCAAGGCCGGGGUACACACCAUCUACGCCUUCCCCAACCAGACAGAAAACCCAGACCAGCACUCCAGAUACGAUGCAUACUGCUUCAGAGCGGAACGUGUGAUUAUUCACACUGAAACCAGACUCAACGUUACUCUAGUUGUCAAGGAGGAAAUGAUCAACAUGACAACCAGAACAGACAGCCUGAUGCCUGUGAGCCCCGUCAAGCCACCUGUCUCUGUGGAUGUGUCUGGUUCAGCCUCAGCUGAUCAUUCUGCCAGUGGUAGUGGCAGUGGAACGCCUGGCCAUAGUGGAUACACAUCUGGUAGGGCAAGCGGCGAGGGCUCAGGGUCUGGCUUCCAAGUCACCUUCGAGGGCAAUGGACCUGUCUUGUCCGGCUCUGGCUCUGGAGAUCCUCAGGAGGCGGGUGAGGGGAGCACCACUGUCACCUACCUCCCAAAAGUCGGGUCUGGGGAUAGUGGGUCCGGGUCUGGGGAUAGUGGAUCUGGGGUGGGGGUGGGAGAGUUCAGCGGUGGGAUACCGUCCAGUGUCCUUCCCCACUCGGGUAGUGGCAGCGGAGUAUCUGCGGACCUGAGUGGUAGCGGGGACUCUGUCACCAUCAUUGUGGACGGAGAGAUGGUGGACAUCUCCAAACGGCAGCCUACCGGACAGGAGCUUGGAAAAGGAAGUGUGGACAUCAGUGGCUCCGGAGGAAUGUCUGGAUCGUAUAGCCUCUUCAGCGGGGAUGUUACCAGCACCUCUGGUUCCGGAAGUCCUGACAUAUCUUUCACGCAUUCAGGUCUCAUCGACCUGACCGGUCAGCCCUCGGGAGAGCAGGAAGUCUCCGGCUACCAGACCUUCUCUUCUGGGUUUCCAAGCGGUUUCCCCUCCGGUUUUCACAGUGGCUCUGGAUUCCCAUCCAGCAGGGACAAAUCCCAUUCAGGCCACGAGGUCAUCUUCCUGACAGAUGACGUGAUGAUGGAGGUGACGGCACGUCAAGGGGAGCAGCGUCCGGAGCAGGGACGGGGUUACGUAGAGGUCAGUGGAGACAGCAGUAGCCAACAUGAAGGGAGCACCUCGGCCAGUGGGCUCUCCCUGGGGGAGUCACCAUUUGCAGAGGGCCUGUCUGUGGUGCUGCUGCCUGGUUCAACCAUGAGUUACCCAGAGAAUAUUGGCAGUCUUGGCAACAUAGACAGAGGGGAUGAGCUGGAUGUUUUGGAGGAAGGCCAAGAGCAGAAAGGGCAGGGAGGUUCCACGGAGACAAUCUAUGUCACGGCACCAUCGGCAGUCUUCCCUAGCAUGACGACAGCAUCCGCCGUCUCGAUGGUGACCCCUGCUGUGGUGGAGGAGCCUGCUGUAGUGUACGCGGUGCAGGGCUGCGUCGAGGGCUGGGUGGAAUUCAUGGGGAGCUGCUACCUGCACUUUGCUGAGAGAGACACCUGGCCUGACGCUGAGCAGCGCUGCCAAGAGCUUAACGCCCACCUGGUCAGCAUCACCUCCCAACAGGAGCAGGAGUUUGUCAACUCUAACGCUCAGGACUAUCAGUGGAUUGGACUCAAUGACAAGGACGUGCAGAAUGAGUUCCGCUGGACAGAUGGCAGUCCAUUGGAAUUUGAGAACUGGAGGCCCAACCAGCCGGAUAACUACUUUAACUCUUGGGAGGACUGUGUGGUGAUGAUCUGGCGCGAGAACGGCCAGUGGAACUACGUGCCCUGCAACUACCACCUGCCCUUCACCUGCAAGAGUGGACCUGUCAUGUGCCACUCGCCCCCAGAGGUGGCCAACGGCAUGCCGAUGGGCAGCAGAAGAGACCGUUACCCUGUCAACUCUAUAGUCCGCUACCAGUGUGACGCAGGCUUCACACAGCGCCACCCGCCUGUUGUACGUUGCCGUCCCGACGGGCGGUGGGAGGAGCCCCAGGUGGAGUGUAUAGAACCCGGUGCCACACCCAGCAACAAGCUACACAAGAGGUCCAUCAGAAGACGGUCUAAAGCAGCCAACAGUUGGACAUGGAGGAAGCUUCUCUAAGCAGGACUGAAGAGACACACCAAAAGAGAACCAAAUGGAGCACUCUUGCAUAUAAACGUUGUUACUCAACAUUCACACCAGGGAUGGAAAUGGACCCCAAUGGAUCCCAAAAAGUUACCCCAAAAAUCCUUGAAAUCACCUAAAGCUAUUUUUUUUUACAUGUCAAAAUGAUUUCAUUCCCCAAUUUCCACCCCUGAUUCCCGCCAUAUGUGUGUAUACAUAU